GUCCAAUCACAACUCAGAAGCUGUGCGCUUCUGGAGAUUUAAUUACAGUAUCAUCACGUCUACAGAAAACUGUACAAUAAGUAACGAGAACGAAUAAUUAAUCAGAGUCACAUUUAAAGUCUGAAGAGCCACCUUCCACAACACUGCCUAUGUGAAAUCAGUAUGAAAGAUUCCGAGUGGGACACCGAGAUGCCAGAGUGUAAUACACCAACACAGUUCCUUAAAGUCAAGCGCAAGCACACCUAUAGUCGUCUAAACAAAACUACAGCAUGGCUAAAUGACAAAAAGAGGAACACUCAGAACAGCAACUUUCACGCAUUUUUCAUAAAUGCUGCUGAGGAGCCAGAAAAAAAUUCAGAAAAUAAAAAGAUGUUGCCUAUUGAGGACAGUGAACCAUCGCAAGGAUCUCUAGACUCCAGCUCCACAACUACCUCUUUCAACACAGGGAGCUCUGUGGAAGAUGAAUCUCCCUGCAGUGUUUGUGAAGAUCAAAAAGGAAAUGAGGAUGGAAGUCCACCCUCAUCAGGGACCCUUUUAAGAGACCCCAUGCUUGGAGCCUUUCCCGCAGCAUGGAAGAAGCGGGUGUCGAUCCGCCCCAUGCCACCGGAAACACCAACGCUGCCUCGGCACCCACUUGUGCGGAAAGCCGACACCCUGAUCCUCAGCCCAUCUCUGCUCACAUUGCCAUCUCAGGGCCUGAACCAUCCGUUCCUUCCUGAAGAUCGAGAGACUCUACAAACAUUAUUUGAGGACGUGUGGGUCACCCCGGAAUCUAACACCUUGAAAACACUCAGGUUGCCAUGCAGAAUUGCAACUGAAUCAACACACAAGAUGCUCAAGCUUGGAACAUUCAAAGAUCAUUGUGAGACAACAUCAUCAGAUCAGCAGAGUGCAGGCAGUGGCUGUCAGUACUCAGAAAGUAAGGAAGGGAAUAAAGCCUCAACCCCAGAACAAUUUGUUCCUUUGAAGAAAGAAAGAAAAGCCCAUGCUCGAAGACGAACUGAAGGAAGAGGGCGUGUUGAAAUCCAAGUCCCGAGCUCCAAGAAGAAAUGUGUGAAUGGAUUUAUUAUGUUCUGCCGGAUGAACAGAAAAGUGUAUCUCAGAUCCCAUCCUGGAACACCUUCAACCACAGUCACCAAAGAGUUAGCCAAUCUAUGGCAUGUGAUGCCCAAGCAGGAGAAAAGACUGUACUGCCUGAAAGCUUGGAAGUUCAGCUGUCAAAACAACCGAAAUGUCCGUGUUUCAGUACAGGAGCAGAAAUGGAGGUAGCCGACCCCAGUCCACUACACAGGUUACUGGCUCACAGAGACCUUUAUUGUGGUAUCAAACGACGGCCCUCACAAUUAAUUUAGCUAUGCAAACAUACAUUUGAUAUGCGUUUUAUUGAUUUUUUAUACCCAAACUAUACGUCAUUUCAGGGAAAUUUGUUGUAUGUAGUUAAAUGUUUCAUUUAUAAUAAUCACUGUUGUGAUUUUUGUGACACAAUUAAUCCUGUCGUUUUAUACAGCAUUCUACAAUUACAAAUGUAUUGUGUUUUUACAGUU